GUAAAUGAUUUCAUUUCUUUCCGCAAGCAGAGAUGCCGAUGCCGGGGGUGUAUCAGAAAGUAGCAGAGGGGCAGCAGUCUCAGCGGAAGACGGGGACAGUGGAGAAUCCCAAAAAGUUCAAAGGACAAGAUUUCCUCAGCAUUCGCGAAACCUGCAUCAACCGGAAGCAGCUGUUUGAGGACGACGUCUUCCCAGCGAACCUGUAUUCUAUCGGCGAGAACCUGCUCACCCAGGACAAGCUACUCAGCAUCAAGUGGAAACGGCCAUCUGAGUUACACAGAGACGCGCGUUUCCUGGUGGAUGGCGCCAGCAUAUUUGAUAUUGUUCAAGGAGAAAUAGGUGACUGCUGGGUUCUUUCUGCCGUUGGAGCUUUGACAUUACACCGACGAUUCCUAGAGAAUGUUGUUCCCAAAGACCAGGAAUUUACACAGAAAUAUGCUGGGAUUUUCCACUUUAGGUUUUGGCAGUAUGGAGAAUGGGUAGAUGUGGUUGUCGAUGACCGGCUGCCUUUUCUGAAUGGAAGAUACUUGUCCGUGCAACCGCGCAAAAACAAUGAAUUCUGGCCGUCCCUGCUGGAGAAGGCAUAUGCUAAACUGCGAGGCUCGUAUCAGAAUCUGCACUGGGGCUUCAUAUCGGAAGCUUUGGUAGACUUCACUGGAGGGGUGCAAAUGGAUUUUAACUUAUCCAAACCGCCACCAGACCUGAGAGACAUAAUUUUAGCAGCUGCAAGAUCAGGGUCCCUUGUGGGGUGCACAACGCCGGGAGAUCUAAAUACCGGAAACAUAGAACUGCAUAACGGUCUCGUACAAGGUCACGCCUACACCAUGACUGAGGGCACGGAGAUCGCCUACGGCAACAGAUCUGAAGAUAUUGUUCGGGUUUGGAAUCCUUGGGGUCAAGGCGAAUGGAAUGGACGCUGGAGCGAUGAGUCGCCACAGUGGGACAGAGUCAGUCCCGAGUUACGGAGAAAGCUGAACAUUGAAAGAAAUGAUGGAGAAUUUUGGAUUUCCUGUCCAGAUUUCAUGCAGAAUUUCAGCCAGGUAAACAUCUGUAACCACAUCCCGUCUUACUUAGACUUCGGAGAGCCGCAGUACGCCUGGGAGUCCUGCAGUUAUUACAACCAGUGGGUGAGAGGCAGCACCGCCGGCGGCUGCAGCUCUGCAGAUGACAUAUGGAAGAACCCCCAGUAUGUGAUCACAGUGACUGAGUCGCAAGGAGCGAAGAGGGGUUACAAUGUGACGGUAGCCCUCAUGCAGUGCCUGGGCAAUGAGCGGAAGUACAACCCUCGCUGGUUACCCAUCGGCUUCUCCUUCUGCAAGGUGGUAGUCAAGGGUGUUAAGAAUGGAUCGCAACAGAAAUACUCUCGCCAGCAAGUAACGGAAACGAUAAACUCCGGACUAGAAAGAGCUCGGGAGGUCACCCGGUCAUUCAUAGCGCCGGCCGGGACCUACGUCAUAGUUCCGUACACAGAGAACAAAGGCCAAGAGUCGGAUUUCUUCCUGAGAAUUUACACCAAGACCUCAGAAAUUACAGAAUAUGAAGAUACCAGAGCAAUGUCCAGAGAAGACAACCAAGAAUUGAACACCAGCAAUGCGUCAUCACAAUAUCAAGUUACCAAAGAAAUGCAAAGAGACGGCAGCCAGGCCCUUUACCAAAACAGCACUGCACUAAGUGACUUUGGCCCGAGGCUCACUAUAAACACUCCGAAUCCAAAGGCAGUUUUAAAAAAAUAUAUAGAUGGCGGCUAUGAAAAUGUUUUUGCCUAUUAUGCAAACCAGAGCUCAGAAAUGUACGCAGAGCAACUACAGAAGCUCCUAAACGAUGUAGUCCUCAUAGAUCAGACUUUCGUUGCUGACAGGGAAGAAUUCACCUUGGAUUCCUGCCGGGGAAUAUUAAUGCUGAUGGAUCUCAAUGCAAAUGGAAGACUCAGCCUCACCGAAUUCGGCCGUCUGUGGAAACGUCUGAACAUGUGUAAGGACAUUUUCCGGUCUAUUGACGGGAACAAGUCUGGGUUUAUCGAUGGAUUUGGUUUAGAGAAGGCCGUUCAUGAGGCUGGACUCAUGGUCAGUGACGCCGUAUUUAAUAUAAUGCUUCUGAGAUAUGCAAAUUACAUGCAGAAGUUUACCUUUGCCAGCUUUGUAUGUUGUAUGAUUCGGCUGGAAACUGUGACAAAGGUAUUUCAGAACCUAACGAAGGAUGGGCGGGGUGUGUACCUGAGCGCAGAAGAGUGGAUGCAGAUUAUUAUGUCCAGCUAGCCGCACAUUAUACUCCUGGUACGUGAUGGGAGAAUGGGCUGAGGCCUGGGAACACGAGACAGACGAGGUCAAUAUACAGCACGCAGAGCGUUGCGAGGAGGAAAUUGCUGCAUGUUCUGUAUUCUGCAGAUUAUUUUUAAACCGCUUGAAAUGUACUGUUUGUAAUAAGUGACAUUUUGACGUUUAUUUUAGAAAGGUUGUAGUUAGGUGGGAACAGGCUGUGUUUGAGAUCUCAGCCUCCGCAUGACGACAUUGCAGGAGAAUAACAUUUCUCAUUGUGUGACCAUUGUCUUUUACACGGCGUGGAUAACUUUUAUUCUUGUGCCUCUCUUGUAGAUAACGUGUUAGGCGACUUAUGUAAAAGUUCAAGACAGUAACUUAAAUAUCAGGUGAAAGUUUGACUUUUUUUUCAGUUUUGAAAUGUAUUUAAUAGAAAUAAAAAAUAAAAUAUGAAUAA